AAUCACCAAUGGCGAUUUCCUGGGCCUGAUUGGAUUGGUGGAAACCAAAAGUAUAUGGGGAAAGGAAAACCUCCCAUCUGAGGAAAAACUGUGGAAGAGCGGAAGGUUUCUUCAUCAAUAGGUCUGAGAGUGGAAAAGGUAAUGCCGUUUUAUAGAGGAAAUUUGUGAAGAGGGAAACUGAUUUUCCAAUCCUCAAAUCUUUCGCAAAGAAGGGAAGCCUUCUCAUGUCUAAUCUGAGGAAAGUGCAUUUCAUUUCUUCAGUUAUUCUUUGAUUUUCACCAAUCCAAUCAGUCUCUUACAUCUAUAUCAAGGCCCGUGAUUAUGAUGCUUUCAAGAUGGAUCUGAAAGAAACCAAAAUGCAAUUUGAAGCCCAUCUCCUUGUAAUGAAUUCCUUGAUACUUCAUAAAAAUUUAUUAUUUCCUCUGUUAAUCUGAACCUUUGUAAUUCAAUUCUCUUGUGCAUCCAAAUGCAGCCUGGAUGUUUACAACAGAAUGUUUCUGCAGUACACCAAAGAUGCAAUCACCAUUUCUUUCAAAGAAUUUAACCAUAGCACCAUCCAUCCAUUACACAAUGUGUUCAUAGUCACCUAACCGUAUUUUCAUGGCUUGAAUUUCCUUGCAAGACACUCCAGUAAAGGUUCUUUGGCUUAGUUUGGAUGGCUAGAAUUUCCUUCCAAGACACUCAAGUAGAGGUUCUUUGGAUUACUUUGGAUAUUCUAUCUACUUUUGAGUCAUUCUCUCACUUAGGAAGCUUUUGAUUGCUUUCUUUUAAUUUGUGUUUUUUUUUUUUUUUUUCAAAUGAUGAAUUGGGUAUCGGUUGGGAAAGGAAAAUAACAUGAGAGUAGAAUCUGUUGAAGGUUAGGAAGCGUCCACAUUAUUCUACUGUAGACCUAAAAGAUUGGUUUAACUUAACCAUCUCCUAAUCUUCAAUUAUUCUUUUGAUGAUUUAUUUAUUUAUUUAUUUAUUUUUCUCAUACCUUCUAUGGACACAAAUCUCCUACCUAAACUCUCAUUCCUAGUAGUCUGUUACAACAAGAACUCUUUUUUCGGAAUCCAAUAAAAGGGGUACAAGAAUUGCAUGAAUGGCCAACCAAGAUCUAGGAACCCCAACUGCUGGAUCCAAGAUGAGUGAUUUGAAUGGAGAUUCCAAGAACAAUAACCACAUGUCAUGUUUUGAUGCAAGAACAUUACUAGUACCCACCCUGACAGCAGCAGUGCCGGUGUCGGCUGUGAUGGCAGAGGUAGAGUCCAACCGGCGGCCACGAGGCCGGCCUGCUGGCUCUAAGAAGAAGCUGAAACCACCUAUCAUUGUCAGCCGUGAUAGCGGCAAUGCUCUUGAGGCCCAUGCUGUGGAGGUGAGGUCUGGGUGCGAUGUUGUGGAGGGCAUAGCCAACUUUGCAAGGAGAAAACAAUGCGGUGUCUGUAUACUUAGUGGGAGUGGGUGUGUAACGAAAGUGAGCCUGCGGCAAUUGGGUCCUUCCGGCACCAUUGUUACACUUGAUGGACAGUUCGAGAUACUUUCACUGAUGGGUUCUUUCCUACCUCCGCCGGCUCCACCUGGGGUCACAGGCUUCACGAUCUACUUGGCGGGUGCGCAGGGGCAAGUAAUCGGCGGUGGAAUCGUGGGGUCACUUAUCGCUUCGGGACCUGUGGUGAUCAUGGCCGCAACAUUCGUGAAUGCCACGUUCGACCGCCUUCCGAUGGAUGAAGGUGAGGUUGGCUCGCAUUAUCAACAUCACCCAAGUCACCAUCAUCAUCUUGAGGUGUUGAACAUGUACGGACUGCCUCCGGAGCUUUACUCGUGGGCACUGGGCUGCCAGCUUACUAAGAGCUAG